AAUGUCUUGCUAUCCUAGCUGAGUUUUGUCACGCCGAUGCUCUGUCCUCGCGACAAGCACCCGAACCCGUGUCCGCACGGAUGACGACAGUACGGUGCGUAAGGUAGACGGGCGAUAGUGUGAAUCAUGAAUUGGCUACUUGGAAGACGGCAUAACGCUCUCGCUAGACGUGCACGAAAAAAAAAAUGAGAAAUGAUUAUCAUGAUGUAUCGUCUCGCAGUUUGAUCCCAGGCCUUGUCGACUCAUGUGAUUAUGGAGCGCCACUCUUUGGCACCAACAGUUCGAUGUGGCCGCGGCAAGAAUCCUGGCGCGUAAACGAUCAAUCCGCGCCAAACCAUUCGUGGGGGCCAGCCAACUGUUGCUUAUUGCGCGUCGUAAGAUCUUGGCAGCACACGCCUUUGUUCGACUUCGCCUCAACUUCGCGUCAGCCCCGCCGACAGCUGUUUACUUCAAUAACUUUACAGUGUGCCUCGAUUGCACUGAUAUGGCAUUACUCAACGCAUUUCAAUUUACUCUUAUAUAUGACCGCGCCCAAAGAGUUCAAGAUAGCUUCGCGAACCGAGUUCGCCACGCCGCCCUUCAAUAUGUUACUCGCUGUGAAGGAGUUCGUGCAUGUUACGUGUCAAAACAAGUGUCAAACCAAGAGUACUGGGUGUUCCUUGGUGAGAGAAGAUUUGAUUUGCCCAUGUCGCCGCUUACGUUUGUCCAGUCCACAAGGACGCCCAGAGCCAUAGACAUUUCCUCGAAUCAACCAUAGGCGUCGGUUUACUGAUUCCAUUCCUUGACUGUCCUCCGCGCAUUUAUAGUUUUCCCGA